AUGGACAUGUCAAUCGGCGGGGGCCUUCCCUUCCCCCUAGAUAUGAUGCAAGGAUAUCGAGGUAUCCGAAGUCUUAGUACCAUCUACAUCGACCCCCUCUGGCCCGAGAUCCUCCACCAAAUCUUCGAAACAAUCUGCCCGCUAAAAUCCCAAAGCCAAUCCUCCAAGAACUCCGAACUUAGAGACCUCUGGUAUACUUGCCGAUCCGUCUGCAAAACCUGGAAAACCAUCAUCGAAACCCCACUCCUUAUCAAUCCUAGUAUUGCAAAACAAAAGCUUAUCGUCUCAACAUUCAGAGGCGGUCUUUUUGCUACUGUUGAUGACGAUGUCUUUUAUUGCGCUUUAGGCACGGAUUGGAUUCAACAAAAGAUUAUUAGAGAAGUUGAAGAACAGAAGUUAACGCCACCGAGUCCGACGCGACGGUUCGGGUUGAGGUGUCAUACCGAAUUCAGGUUGUUAUGGAGGAAUAGUAGCGUUCUGCAGAUGUAUGCGAGUACACCUGUGGUUAAGGACGUGAGAAUACGCUCUUUCAUCCGAGAAGUCGAAGUUACCCAGCGAAAACAGUUUUUGCAGACAAAAGGGUUUAAUAUACCCGGUGCAAAGAUUAUAAGAGAAUGGGAUGGAUGGCAUUUAAACGCACCCGGUGGGGUGAUGAUUGAUAUGAUGGUUGGAUUUGUGGCGUUGGCAGUUGAGAUAGAUGUCUUGAUGCAGAACGCCAGCGAAAGGGAGUCUAUUGGGACGCCCAGGCCUAGGUUUUUGGAUCUGGAGUUUCUACAUAUUGAUUUUGGGACGGCGAGGGCGCUUGGGGUUAGAAGGUUUGAGAUACCAAUGGUUCAGGGACAGCUUGUCUCUGGAGGGAAUGAGAUGUCGGAUCUUUGGAGGAAUUUGUUGGAAGUGGUUAAUGCGGGUUCUUCUUCUUCUGCUUAUGCUUCUGGUUCUGGAAGAGGUCGGGGUGGGUCGAGUGGGUAG